AUGGCGAUUCCGGGCAGGCAGUAUGGGCUUAUUUUGCCAAAGAAAGCACAGCAGUUGCACCCUGUUUUGCAAAAACCUUCAGUGUUUGGGAAUGAUUCUGAUGAUGAUGAUGCUGAGACCUCCGUGAGUGAAAGCCUUCAGAGGGAAGCUGCCAAGAAGCAAGCAAUGAAACAGACCAAACUUGAAAUUCAGAAGGCUCUUGCAGAAGAUUCUACUGUAUAUGAAUAUGACAGUAUUUAUGAUGAAAUGCAGAAAAAGAAGGAAGAAAGUAACCCCAAAUUGCUUUUGGGAAAAGACCGAAAGCCCAAGUACAUUCACAACUUACUGAAAGCAGUUGAAAUUAGAAAAAAAGAACAAGAAAAAAGAAUGGAAAAGAAAAUACAGAGAGAACGAGAAAUGGAAAAGGGAGAAUUUGAUGAUAAAGAGGCAUUCGUAACAUCUGCUUAUAAGAAAAAACUGCAAGAGAGAGCUGAAGAGGAAGAAAGGGAAAGAAGAGCUGCUGCACUUGAAGCACGUUUGGAUGUAACCAAGCAGAGAGAUCUCAGUGGAUUUUAUAGGCACCUAUUAAAUCAAGCAGUUGGUGAAGAGGAAGUACCUACAUGCAGCUUUCGUGAAGCCAGGUCUGGGAUAAAAGAAGAGAAAUCAAAAGGAUAUUCUGAUGAAGUAAGUUCAGAGAGCAGAAUACCUCAUGAGAACUGCAUUAGCCGAACUGGUGUGAAAGUAGAGGAAAACCCAGAUGCAGACAGUGACUUUGAUGCUAAGAGCAGUGAGAAUGAUGAAACGGAGGAAAAUAAAGUGAACUGCAGAAGGGAAAAGGGGACAGAGACCUUACAAAAUGACUCCAAGCAUCCCAGGAAUCCUACCCACUCACCAUCAUCUAGUGAGGAAAGAGAACAUGGUACCAAAUGCCACACAAAAAGUUCCAAGUCAAGAGGACGUGAGAAAAGGGAAAGUCAACACCAAGAGAGACCAUCCAGGGAGCAGGACAGCUAUUACACUGACCGUGAUUCUCGAAAAGAAAAAAAGGAUUCCCGUAGGCACAGAGAGUCCAGUCACAGAGAUUCACACUGGAAGAGGCAUGAACAAGAAGAGAGACUGAGGGGAAGAGAUGAGAGAGAAAGAAAUGACAGAGAAUGGAAAAGGGAGAAAGACAGGGAGAAAUAUCCCUCCAGAGAACAGGAAAGACAGAGACAACAAAAUAAUUAUGACCGACACAAUGAGAAAGGAUGCGAGAAGGAAGAGAAAAGCAAAGAAAAGGAAGAGCUUGUGAAAGCAAGAAAAGAAAGAUAUGAAAACAGUGAUAAAUACAGAGAUAGAGAAAAACAAGAAGUCAGUGUUGAAUCUUCAGAAAGAAAUCGAGACAGAAAGGAAAGCAGCCCAAAUUCUAGGGCAAAGGAUAGGUUUCUUAACCAGGAAAGAGCCAGUAAAAUGAGAGACAUGGAAAAGGACAAAGAAAGAAACCCAGAGAAACCCCCUAGUUCUGAAGCGUCAUUGGGAGCAAAACACAGAAUCACAGAGGAAUGCCAAGAUACAGGCAAAGAACAAGAGAGGCCACAUGAGACAGUGAACAAGUUUGCAAAGCGGAGCAAUGAAGAAACUGUAAUGUCAGCAAGAGACAGAUACUUGGCCCGGCAAAUGGCAAGGAUUAACGCAAAGACAUAUAUUGAGAAAGAAGAUGAUUGA